AUCUGUUGUCUUCAAGUGACUGUCUUUUUUGUGUUACUGGACUGGUAAAGUUUAGUAUCCUGAAAUUUCUUAUCGCCUCAGGAAAAAUACAACCUGCAAAGAGAGCAAGACUCAAAGGUGGUUUGCAAAAUUUUCACCCGAUUUCAGAUUGGCAACUGCAAACAACAAUAAGAAGACUACUGUGUCACGUUCUACGAUACUACAACCGCCCUAGAGUCUAUACCAAUCAUGAGCGUCAAAACUGAAUCCCCUCCCAUCCGAGCAUGUCUCUUCGACAUGGACGGUCUCCUGAUAAACACCGAAGACAUGUACACCCUAUGCGCGAACCAUGUUCUUGCCAAAUACAACCGUCCUCCCCUCCCUUGGUCCAUCAAAGCCAAACUCAUGGGCGUCCCCGGCGGGUCCACCAGUUCCGUCUUCAUAGAUUGGGCCCAACUACCUAUUUCCAAAGAACAAUACGCAUUAGAGCAACGCGAACAGCAAAAGCUUCAUUUUCCCUCCUGUAAACCUCUACCUGGUGUUGAAAAGUUGCUCAAGGAUUUGAGUACGGCACGUGAUGUUGAGGGGAAUAAAGUACACAUAGCAUUGGCUACGAGUAGUGAGAAAUACAACUUUGGGUUAAAGACUAGUAAAGAGGAGACUAGGAGUUUGCUUGAGGUUUUUGGAGAAGGGAGAAGGGUCCUGGGAGAUGAUCCGAGAGUGGAGAAGGGGAGGGGAAAGCCUGCGCCUGAUAUUUAUUUGUUGGCUUUGAGGCUGAUUAAUGAUAGUUUGGGGGAGAACGAGAGGCCAAUUCAACCAGAGGAGUGUCUUGUAUUUGAGGAUUCGGUGCCGGGUGUAGAGGCGGGAAGGAGAGCCGGGAUGAAAGUUGUUUGGGUUCCCCAUGAGGGAUUACUUGCAGAGUAUGAAGGACAGGAGAAAAAGGUGUUGGCUGGGAGAAUGGGUAUGAUGGUUGGAAAUGAAGAGCAAUUGGGUGAAAUUGAUGACGGUUGGGGCCAGCUUCUUCCCAGCUUGGAAGAUUUUCCUUAUGAGACAUAUGGUAUUGUCAUUUCGUAGACGUUACCAUCCCUUCGAAUUUGGAACCUUGAUUCAUCGAGCUAGACUUAUUAUGCGUAGUAUCCUCCAUGCACAAAGAAGUUUCAUUCAAAACGAACAUUAAAGCUUAGGAAGCUCGACUUAAAAGAUUUGACUACUGGUAGAUUAUUUCUUAUAGAAAACGGCACUUUAUUGGUUCAAAGCAUUGUUCAACACAAUGCUAUCUCAUGUACAAUUACUCCGUGGCCACACAUCCAAAAUAAUGGUCGAGCACACAUUCAACAUAAUGAUCGAGACUAGCGCUUCCUGUAUAUUCUAGAGCUGCCCUAAAUAUACGGAUCUAAGCAUCCACAGUAAGCAAUGGCCAUAAGCCUUACUUGUCUCAUUCUCUAUC